AGCUGAGCUUGAAGCCGACUAGGUGAUUUUGGGAGCCUAUAUAUAUAUAUAUAUAUAUAUAUAUAUAUACAUAUAUAUUCUUUUUUCUCCUUCUCUACAUUCCAAACUCCGAGGAACUUUUUCUCCUUCUUUUUUGAAAGGGGUGGAAUAUAUAUUUUAAUAUAUAUUCUUCCGACAGCCCCUCAUUGACUAUCCACGAAAAAGCUGCCCACAUGUCCGUUGCUUGAGAGCAAAUAUCUGCAGCAGCAGCAGCAGCAGCGAUUUUGCAAAAGCGUCCGAGAUCCGAGGUCUUCUUUCCAGUUUCUGCAACCCAGGCGGGACAUUUUUGGUGCCCCUUGCGAACUUUUCCUUGUCGUUGCCGCUGGGCUCGCCUCUUUUCAUGCAGUUUUAAGAGACCCUGCCACUUUCGCUUUUUCACCCCUCCCCACCCUCCUCUUCCUCCCCCCACCCACCCCCUCUUCCCACCCCCUCUUGCUCGCUUUUUUCAUUUCCACCGAUAUCCUCCCCCGGGUCGCUUUCUCGCAUGAAUCUCCUCGACCCUUUCCUGAAGAUGACCGAGGAGCAGGAGAAAUGCCUGUCCGGCGCCCCCAGCCCCACCAUGUCGGACGAUUCGGCCGGCUCCCCUUGCCCGUCGGGCUCCGGAUCGGACACCGAGAACACGCGUCCCCAAGAGAACACCUUCCCCAAAAGCGACCCGGACCUGAAGAAAGAGAGCGACGAGGACAAGUUCCCCGUGUGCAUCCGAGAAGCCGUCAGCCAGGUCUUGAAGGGCUACGACUGGACGCUCGUGCCCAUGCCCGUGCGCGUGAACGGAUCCAGCAAGAACAAGCCCCACGUCAAGCGCCCCAUGAACGCCUUCAUGGUGUGGGCGCAGGCCGCGCGCAGGAAGCUCGCAGACCAGUAUCCGCACCUGCACAAUGCCGAGCUGAGCAAGACGCUGGGCAAACUCUGGAGGUUAUUGAACGAGAGUGAGAAGCGCCCAUUUGUGGAGGAGGCGGAAAGGCUGAGGGUGCAGCAUAAAAAAGACCAUCCAGACUAUAAGUACCAGCCGCGAAGGAGAAAGUCGGUCAAGAAUGGGCAGGCUGAGCAAGAGGAAGGAUCUGAGCAAACUCACAUCUCCCCGAAUGCCAUCUUCAAGGCCCUGCAGGCAGAUUCUCCCCAGUCUUCAUCCAGCAUGAGUGAAGUGCAUUCCCCUGGAGAACAUUCUGGACAGUCUCAAGGGCCACCGACCCCUCCCACUACCCCUAAAACAGAUGUGCAGCCCGGUAAGCAGGACCUGAAACGGGAAGGGCGCCCCCUGCAGGAAGGAGGAAGGCAGCCGCCCCACAUCGACUUCCGAGACGUGGACAUUGGUGAGCUCAGCAGUGACGUCAUCUCCAACAUUGAGACCUUUGACGUCAAUGAGUUUGACCAGUAUCUCCCGCCCAACGGCCACCCCGGGGUCCCGGCCACCCAUGGCCAGCCCGGCCAAGUCACCUAUACAGGCAGCUACGGAAUCAGCAGCACGGCAGCCGCUCCAGCCAGCACAGGGCAUGUCUGGAUGUCCAAGCAGCCGCAGCAGCCGCAGCCACCGUCUCAGCCGCAGCCGUCCCAAGCGCCGCAGCAGGCCCCGCAGCAACCCCAGCACACCUUGACCACGCUGAGCAGCGAGCCAGGGCAGGCCCAGCAGAGGACACACAUCAAGACGGAGCAGCUGAGCCCUAGCCAUUACAGCGAGCAGCAGCAGCACUCGCCCCAGCAGAUCAGCUACAGCUCCUUCAACCUGCAGCACUACAGCUCCUCCUACCCCACCAUCACCCGCUCGCAGUACGACUACACAGACCACCAGAGCUCCAACUCGUACUACAGCCACGCUGCCGGCCAGAGCUCCAGCCUCUACUCUACCUUCACGUACAUGAACCCCGCCCAGAGGCCGAUGUACACGCCCAUUGCAGACACUGCCGGGGUGCCUUCCAUUCCUCAGACCCACAGCCCGCAACACUGGGAGCAGCCUGUCUACACACAGCUCACCAGGCCGUAAGGUUUUUGACGGACAGAAAAAAGCAUCUUCAGACUUUGGUGAAAGUUUCUUUUUUAAAAAAAGAAGAAGAAGAAGAAGAAGCAAGCUAAACAUGAACAAUUAAGAGAAAGGAAAAUCCCAGAACGCUUUGUGUACUACAGCAUCCUUCCGAAAUCAGCUGGAGAAUCCUGCUCCAUAAACAAACAUUCCAUGGUGGACUUAGAACCUUUGCUUUGGAGGCGAUUUUCAUUCCCAAAACAGCCAGCUUAGUUCGCCUAGGUAUGGACUUGCUGAUUAUUUUUUAACAAUAACUAAAAAUGAAAAGCGAAUAAUUUUUAUUAUUAUUACAAAACUCAAAAGUAUUCCUCUGUGAGGAAUAUGCUCUAUUCUAAGUAUUCUGUUUCGUUUCGUUUAGUAUGUACUGUGUAUGAUUCGUUACCAAUUUGAGGGGAUUUUAUAUGUUAAUUGUACUUCUUGUUUUUAGAGAAACCUUUUUUUUUUUAAUGCUCCUUAUUUUGACAGCUAAACAACACUUAGCAAAAUGGCAUGCCUUAGCCAGAGGUAUUUUUGUAUAGUUAAUGGUCUUCUGCUUGUAGGCAGCAAAAAAAAAAAAAAAAUGUGGAUAAAGGAAAAGCAAACCAGUGAUCAGUUACUCAAUGUGAUGUUGUGGAUUUGGAAAGAGACUUUAUUUUUCCAGCUGGGAAGUAAAAGGGUUUUUUGCGGGGAGGAGGGAGGUUUGAAAGAAAAAGAAGAUCUACACCUUAAGCCUUAAAGAAACACUAUUGAAAAGCCUUAACAGCAACCCUGCAAUAUCUUCCAAGAGAGCUUGCGUAAUUCUUUCUCUCACUGCCAAGGGGAAAUACGAGGCUUCAGAGGAAGACAGUUCAGUUUUUUAAGGUCUGAAGCUCUCUCUCUCUCUUUUUAAUGCAACCAGCAGCACCAGAUUAUAAUGCCACAGAUCCUACCAUGACUUGCCUUCUUCAGCUUCUGGCACUGCCCCCUCCCCAUGUGCGAAACAGAUGCUGACCAGUCCAUAGAAAACAGCCCCCCUGCAAAAUCCAUUAUGAACCCAAUUUUCAGGGCAGGGCAGGGAUAUCGACUUUAACAAAGGUCAUGGAUGACAGCACUGGUGUGUGUGUUUUUCUUUCUUUUCUUUUCUU